ACACAGAAUUGGGAGAAUAUUAAAAUUGAAGACUUGAAACUUGCAAGUGGCGAGACUGUUGCUGUGAACUGUCUUUUUCGUCUUAAGAACCUAUUGGAUGAGACGGUGGUUGUGGACAGUCCAAGGGAUGCAGUUCUGAGCUUAAUUAGAAAGAUGAAUCCAGAUAUCUUUGUGCAAGCUGUAGUCAAUGGAUCUUACAGUGCACCCUUCUUUGUCACUCGCUUCAGGGAGGCCCUCUUCCACUACUCAACUCUCUUUGACAUGUUUGAUGCUACUUUACCCCGUGAUGAUCAGCAGAGGUUGCAUUUUGAACAAGAAUUUUAUAGGCGCGAGGCAAUGAAUGUAAUUGCUUGUGAAGGGUCCGAGAGGGUUGAGAGGCCUGAGACAUAUAAGCAAUGGCAGGUCCGCUAUAUGAGGGCUGGAUUCAAGCUACUUCCCUUAAACCAACAACUCAUGCAGAAGUUAAGGUGCAAGGUAAAGGGGGGAUACCACCGAGAUUUUGUGUUUGAUGAGGAUGGUAAUUGGAUGUUACAGGGUUGGAAAGGCCGGGUAGUAUGUGCUAGCUCGUGUUGGGUGCCAGCAUAGAAGUAUCUGGAACUUGUUUGUUGUCAAACUGGGAAUCCUGAGGUCUCCAGAAAAUAUCACAGGAGGACUGCAUUCAUGCAUGAGAUUGCACUUCUGUAUGCAGCUGCUUGGGUGGUGGCACAAUUUUCGUUUUAGUUCAUAGGAUGCUGUUAUGUAGCCAAAACCGACGUGUUAUCUAGCUAUUCUGUACAUAAUGUUGUUCCUAGAAAGGAUUGGUCUUUGCUAAUCUUGAUUAAGCUUAGUAUGGUGAAACACAUAUGAUUUGGCUUGUCUGGUCUCCUUGUGAUCGUUCUGUGUACAAUUGGCUAACUAGUGGUAGUUGUUAUCUAUCUACGUUCUCUAAAUUAGCCUAAUGAGUUGAGUUGUUGUCUAUCAGUUCAAUUUUAUGUAUCAAGGAGAAUUUUGAAACC